AUGAAGUUCAGCAUCGUCUCUGUCCUCGCCCUGGCCGCUUCGGCCACUGCCACCCCCAUCCUGGGUGGUCUCGUCGGCGGCGUUGGCGACGCCCUCAAGGGCGCCGUCAGCAAGGUCGGCGGCGCUCCUCAGAGCAGCGACGACAUUGCCACUCUCCUCGAGGGCACCCUCGCGUCCGUCAAGGAGCGCACUGGUGCUAUGAACGCCACCGUGGCCCAGGUCCAGAGCAAGGACAUCACCGCCGACGCGGCUGACGACCAGCUCCUCGGUCAGAUCCAGGGUCUCAAGCUCGACCUGUCCCAGCUCGUCAACUCGCUCACCACUGCUGCUGGUAUCCCCGUCCCCAAGGGUGACGUCGACCGUGUCCUCACGCUCGUCAACGCCCUCCUCAACGAGGUCCUCGCCACCGUCAACACCCUCGUCACCGUCCUUGGCCUCCGUGUCCAGCUCACCUCCCUGCUCCACUCUGUCUUCAGCCUGCUCGCCAACAUCCUCACUCUCCUCAUCGGUCUCCUGGGUGGCCUCCUCCCUGCCCUGGUCGGUGGCCUCACUCCUCUCCUUGCUGGCCUCGGCAACGGCCUCCUUGCCCCUCUCCUUACCCCCAUUGUCGCCCUCGUUGCUGCCAUCUCUGGCCCUUAA